AUGGUUAGCUGUGAAUCGCUUCCCGGCCAUCGCAAACGCUUCACACGUCCAUCGAACUACAUCUAUCUACUUCCACACGAUUCAAACUUCGAAAUAUCUUGUUUAGUUCAUUUAUUCACCAUGCAGAUCAUCAACCUUGUCGUUGCAGCCGCUGCGCUCCUCCUUCCCACCAUUGUUAACCAGGCUGGCUAUUGCUCUGGAACAACCUGCAUUGACUCUAUCAGCUCAUGGGAGUGCCCAAAGCAAUGUCCUUCUUCGCAAAACUGUGUGCUUAACCGCCCAUGCACUUAG